CAGCGCAGGGCCAGAGCGAUCUAGAGCUCAGGAGCCUGGCGUUGACGCCUGGCGCCAGGCCCUUGCCAGGUAGUGCCCGUCGGCCUAGGCGGGCAGUGGGGAGCGGUGCCCAGCCGGUUUGUGCGCCUGCCUGCCCCGGCCGCUUCCCGCUGCUGACCUGUCAGCUGGGCGCCCAGAAAGGUCGAGGGAGAAGGGCUACGGAGUGGCGUCUGCUGCACGCCAGACGCGGAGGCGUGGGAGCAGGGCCGAAUCUGAGCGGCCGGUAGAAGACCGGGCGUCCAGGGCGCUUUGCCCGCGCCUGCAGCCGGGAGCUCGGUCUCCGCCCGCCCCGCUGUUCCUGCUUGGAGCCAAGCGCAGCCCGAGGGCACCCAUGGCGGCAGUGGGGCCUCGGACCGGCGCGCGCGCGGGGGCCGAGGCGCUGGCGCUGGCCGCGGAGCUGCAGGGCGAGGCGACGUGCUCCAUCUGCCUGGAGCUCUUCCGAGAACCGGUGUCCGCGGAGUGCGGCCACAGCUUCUGCCGCAGCUGCAUAGCGCGCUGCUGGGAGCCCCCGGGCGCGGGGCCCUCGGCUGCCACCCGCGCGCCGCCCUGCCCGCUGCCCUGCCCUCAGUGCCGCGAGCCCGCGCGCCCCAGCCAGCUGCGCCCUAACCGGCCGCUGGCCGCCGUGGCCACGCUGCUUCGGCGCUUCAGCCUGCCCGCGGCCGCGCUGGGGCAGCACGCCCCUCCGGAGGCCGCGACCGCUGCUGUCCACUGUCCACUGCACGCGGAGCCGCUCAAGCUCUACUGCCAAGAUGACGGACACGCCAUCUGUGUGGUGUGCGACCGUGCCCGCGAGCACCGCGCGCAUGCCGUGCUGCCACUGGAUGAGGCGGUGCAGGAGGCCAAGGAGCACUUGGAUUCCAAGUUGAAGGUCUUGAAGAAAGAUCUGGAGGACUAUGAGGUGUUCCAGUCUACGGAAGAGAAGGAGAGCAAGGAGCUACUGAAGCAGAUGGCAGCAGAGAGAGAGAAGGUCAGGGCAGAGUUCCAGACACUUCGGGCCUUCCUGGUGGAGCAGGAAGGCCGGCUCCUGGGCCGCCUGGAGGAGCUAUCCCGGGAAGUGACCCAGAAGCAAAAUGAGAAUCUGGUCCACCUGGGAGGCCAGGUCACUCAGCUUUCCAAGCUCUGUAGCCAGAUCCAGGAGACAGCUCAAAAACCUGACCUUGACUUCCUUCAGGAAUUCAAGAAUGCACUAAACAAUUGCAGCAAUGUGCCUGCCCCUAAGCCAACCACAGUCUCCUCUGUGAUGAAGAAUAAAGUCUGGAAUAUUUCUCUCAAGACCUUUGUCUUAAAAGGGCUGCUGAAGAAGUUCAAAGAGGAUCUUCAAGGGGAGAUGGAGAAAGAGGAGAAAGUGGAGCUCACCUUGGAUCCCGACACAGCCAACCCUCGCCUCAUCCUCUCUUUGGAUCUUAAGAGUGUGCGCCUUGGACAUCGGGCUCAGGACCUGCCCAGUCACCCUCACCGAUUUGAUACCAACACUCGUGUCCUGGCAUCUUGUGGUUUCUCCUCUGGGCGUCACCACUGGGAGGUGGAAGUGGGCUCCAAGGAUGGCUGGGCCUUUGGUGUGGCCCGUGAGAGUGUGCGCCGCAAGGGUCUCACGCCCUUCACCCCAGAGGAAGGUGUCUGGGCACUUCAGCUCAACAAUGGGCAGUACUGGGCUGUCACCAGCCCUGAGCGGACGCCCCUCAGCUGUGGGCACCUGUCACGUGUGCGAGUGGCCCUGGACCUGGAGGUGGGGGCUGUGUCCUUCUAUGCUGUGGAGGACAUGCGCCACCUCUACACCUUCCGAGUCAACUUCCAGGAGCGUGUGUUCCCCCUUUUCUCUGUCUGUUCCACUGGCACCUACUUGCGAAUCUGGCCUUGAGGGAGGACCACCUCCCAGGAGGAGGGUGCAUCAGUUGUGUGUGAAGUCCUCUCCUCCUCCCAACAGUUUGGGAGUCUAAUCUCAGUCUUGGUCUGCUCUCCACACUCCUGCUCCAGGCUGCCCUACAGAGCACAACAUGGGGAGCAUGGCGAGUUGAUUGAGGUAAAGGCCUCUGUGAUCAACUGAAUAGGAGAAGAGAUGCCUUGGUCCUUUGGGGCCUGUUCCCUCCCUAUUGAUGGGCAUGUAAAUAUGGCCUUAAUUGUGAAGAUGUGGAUAAGGACAAAAUCCUGGUUGUUGGCAUGGGUGCUUCCUAUUAUAUGAAACUUACUGCCCUGAUUUAGAAAGGCCUCUGGUUCCAUGGAACAGUGCCAUUCUGUGGUCCUGAUACAAGGGACCAGUCAUGUUCAUUCAAUUUGUCUUCUUGCCGCCUCUGCCUUGAUAGGUCAUGAGCCAUCUGGUUCCAGCUGGCCUUACACCUGACCACCUACUAAGGAAAGCACAUUGUCCUCCCAGCUCAGAGUUCAGUCUGGUUAGAACUGGAAGUAGACCCUUGACCCAAACAUGAGAGGAAAGUGCAACCAAUGUAUGUUCUCAGAUACCUAACCUAUUUUCCAGCAUCAGGUGUGGUCUCCUUAGGGUGAGGAGAUCAUAGGUUCUAGAAUUUUGAAACACAUGUUGACACAGAUAACUUUAAACAUGCAACUAGCACUGGCAGAGAAAUCCAUAGAACCUGAAUGCGCUCCCAACAUAUUUUUUGGAACUUGCCAAAUGCAUGCUAACAGUAGAGUUUCCUAGUACCAGGGCCUCCUUAGCCUGUGCCCAGGAGAGUGUUCAGCUGGCCAACUUUAUUAUCUUCCUGGCCAAUGUUUCCCAACUUUUGGAUGCCUGGGCUUUUGAGAAGGUAGUGGUGGGUUGUACCCUGCUUAUUGCUUGCCUGGGAAAGGACACGGGGAGAUGGAAAUACAGAUUGUGAGCUUAUCUUUA